AUGGCAACCGCCGGCAACGCCCCCCGCUCCUGCAAGCGCGUCGAGGCCACCGUCCUCAAGCGCGUGCGCAACGGAAGCGCCUUCACCCGCUGCGAGGCGUGCAACAAGGACGUAGCCAUCGUCCUUAUCCACCUCCAGAGCUGCAGCCUCGACUCCAAGAUACGCCUCAGCCUCGGUGCGUUUCAGCCCCUCCCGUCUUCAACACAUCUAGGUCGUGUCUGCCUACUGCCCUGCUGA